AUGAAGGAGGACACAGAGGAAGACAUAGCUGUUAUUGGGAUGGGAUGUGAUUUCCCAGGAGGUGAGGGACUGGAUAAUUUCUGGAAGGUUCUACAGGAGGGAAGGAAUUGUGUGGUGGACAUUCCAGCUGAGAGGUUCGACAGCACCUUCUGGCACGACACUGACUUCAGCAAACCUGGAAAGAGUCAAACAGCGAAAGCAGCUCUAAUAAAAAGGUUUAAUGAGUUCGAUCACACGUUUUUCGGGGUCCCUAAAGUAGAAGCCGACUUCAUGGAUCCUCAGCAGAAGCUCCUCCUGCAGUGCACGUACAGGGCCUUAGAAGAUGCAGGAAUAUCUAUGGAGAGCAUCAGUGGAAGCAGAGCCGGCGUUUACAUCGGUUUAAUGAACAGAGACUACGAGAUGAUCAGGAAUAACGAUCCUGGGACAAUAACCCACUACAACAGCACAGGGACAGCCAUGAGUGUUGCAGCUAACAGGAUUUCCUUCAUCUUUAACCUCACUGGUCCUUCUCUCGCCAUUGACAGCGCCUGUUCCUCCUCUCUGGUGGCUCUGCAUGUAGCUUGCCAGGCCAUAAAGCAAGGAGACUGUGAGAUGGCGCUGUGUGGAGGGGUUAACUGUAUAAUAGAGCCAAGAAUGUUUGUGGCUCUGAGCAAAGCAAGGAUGAUCUCACCUGAAGGAACCAGCAAACCUUUCUCCAUCAAAGCAGACGGCUAUGGAAGAGGAGAAGGCUGUGGUGUUGUGCUCCUAAAGCCUCUAAGAAAGGCCUUAAAGGACUGCAACAAAAUAUGGGGUGUGAUCUGCAAGACUGCAGUUAACCAAGACGGACAUUCGGUGACUCCAAUCACCAAACCCUCAGUGACACAACAAGAGGAACUGCUCAGAACAAUCUACUCUGACACUCACAUCGCAAAUGUCCAGUAUAUUGAAGCUCAUGGGACUGGGACUCCAGUGGGAGACCCAACGGAGGCAGCAAGCAUCUCAAAUGUCAUUGCCAAAGCCAGACCUCCAGGCUCAGAGACCCUCCGGAUCGGCUCUGUGAAGAGCAACAUCGGACACACUGAAUCUGCAGCCGGAGUGGCUGGACUGAUCAAGGUACUCCUAAUGAUGAAGCACCAAACUAUUGUUCCCUCAGUUUUCUACUCGGGAGACAGUUCAAGCAUAGAUACAAAAACUCUGAAUUUAAAAAUCCCAAAUGAAAUAGAAAGAUGGGAGACAAAUCUACCACUGGGAAGGGUAACUGGGGUCAACAGUUUUGGAUUUGGAGGCACAAAUGCACAUGUCAUUUUAAGAGAGCAAAAUCAUCAAGUAGUUCCCACAAAAGCUUGGAAAAACUUCUUUGUGUUGUCAGCUGCUUCUGAGAAAUCACUGAUGCUGACCAUAACAGACACCUACCAAAGGCUGUGCAGCAGUCACACACUGGACCUCCAGGCAGUCUCAUACACCUCAGCAUGUGGGAGGAGUCAUAUCAAACACAAAUAUCGAAAUGCCUUUUUAACAUCUUCCCUCUCAGAUUUACAACAACAGCUCAAAUCUGCACAAACGUUGGAGGUUCAAUCAGCACAGCCUGACCUCCAGGUGGUCUUUGUGUUUUGUGGAAAUGGAGUUUGUUACAGGGGUAUGUGCAGGCAGCUCAUGACGCAGGUUCCUGCUUUCAAAGAGAAGGUGCAAGAAGUUGAAAUUGCCUUUCAGACGUACACUCCCAUCAGCAUCAGUGAAUUGCUUGAGGGUGAAUGUGAAGAUAUUGAUUUUAGCCAGCCAAAUGUUAUCCAGCCUCUUCUUUUUGCAGUUCAAGUUGGGAUUGCCACCUUGCUGACGCACUGGGGUGUAAAACCCAACGCUAUGCUUGGCCACUCUGUUGGAGAGGUCGCUGCGGCUCACUGCUCGGGUCUUUUGUCUCUCAACGAUGCCGUCAAAGUGUUGCACCACCGCAGUACUCUUCAGAGUAGAGUUACGGGAGGAAAAAUGCUUGUCGUCAGUAAUGUGGCUGUAGAAAAGAUUUUAGAAGCUCUCCCAGUCUUUGGUGGCAAGAUCUGUGUAGCUGCUUUCAACAGCCCUCAGUCCUGCACUCUGUCAGGAGAUGCAGAUUCAGUGGAUGUCCUCCAUGAGAGGCUGAGGCUCAGAUUUGCUGGUCAUAAUAUCUUCCUUCACAUCUUAGAUGUUCCUGCUGCUUACCAUAGCCACAUGAUGAAUCCAGUUCUAGAUGACAUUGAGAGGAACAUUGGUAUUUUAAGUGCUGAAAGCAUAGAGUGUCAACUGUUUUCCACAGUUACCGGAGAGAGAUUUUCAAACGGUGAUUUCAGUUCCGGUGCAUACUGGGCAAAGAACAUCCGGGAGCCUGUUUUAUUCGAGAAAGCUCUUCAGGCUGUCCUCAAAGAGAAACCACCAAAAGGAAAUGUUGUCUUUGUAGAGGUUGGUCCUCGAAUGGCUCUCCAAAGGUACAUAUGUGAAACUCUUGGAGAUGAAGCCAAGGUUCUCCCCUCGGUCCGCCCAAAGAAAGACUGUGACACUAUCUCCUUGACUCUGGCCAGACUGUUUGAACUUGGCAUUAAUGUGGAUUGGAAGGAGCUCUACAGGGGUUGUGAGACAUUACCCAGUGCUCUUCCAGUCUACCAGUUCGACAGUGCAAAGAACAAUGUGAAUUUUGAAGCAUUAAGAGGAGGUAAUGAAUCAUCUACCCUUUUUUGCAAUGGGCUUGAGUUCCAAAUGAAGCAGAAUAAGAAAGAAUUCACAUAUGAACUUUCUUUGAAGACUGCACCCUAUCUUUGGGAGCAUAAAAACAACAACAUUGCCAUUGUGCCAGGUGCAUUUUAUGUUGACUUAGCUUAUGCCUUGGUGGUGGCAAACCUACAGCCAAAGAAGCUUCCCUCUGUGCUCCAUCUAGGUAUAAAAUUUGAGAGUGUGCUUACUCUAAACUCAAAUUCCAAAAAGCUGAAGAUGAUGUUGGAACAGUCAGAAAGUCAAGUCUUGUUUAAAAUACACUCUUCUGUGGCAACACAUGCUUCCGGCACAUGUAGCUAUAAAGAUCAGCAACCACUGUUAGAAGAAGCAGCCAUUUGUCUUGACGUGAUCUACCAAAGGUGUAAACUGGUUCUGACAGGACAGGAAGUGUAUUCAGUUCUCUCUCAAGCUGGAUUUGAGUAUGGCCCGCUUUUUAAGCAUCUAAACGAUGUGCGUUUUGGGAACACAUUCAAAGAAGCUGUGACCUCUUUUCAGGUUCCUGGUGAACUUCUGAAAAGUCUCCAUGAACAUGUCAUUCAUCCUGUGCUGCUGGAUUAUUUCAUGCAAAUGACUGCAGUGGUGUCAAUGGGACAACAAGGAGCCAAGCAGGGAUUUCCAUCACAGAUCGCAAGUAUUGUUAUAUCAGAACCCCUGCAGGAGACAAUGGUCAUGUAUCUUCGGACCACUCAAGAAAAUCAAGAUUUUCUUGAGGUGUGUGGCUGCUUUUCUACCACAGCGGGGAAGGUUUUGGCGGAAUUUAAGAGUGUAAGGAUUUCCUUUUUGCCCCCCAGUUCAGAUGUCCCUCAGUCAUUGUUUUUCCAUAGUGAAACUGUUGCAUUAGCAGGAGAGAGAGAUGUUGAAGACUGUGAAAUAAAAGCCAUCAUCUUUGAAGAUCAGCUGGGCAUUGCUAAAGGUUUAAGACCUUACAUAUGCACUGAUUCAGUCAUUGUAGAGAUCAGAAAGAAGUUAAGACCCUAUGAAGUAAAAAACUUAAUGUUUGAUUCGUUGAACAGCAAUGACUGUCUGAAGAAAAUUCUCUUCAUUUGGGGUGUGGAGAACCUCACCCACUUGUCCUCUGAAAUAAUCCUGGAGAGCUUUGUGACUUGUUGUGAGAUAUUUCGUCAGAUUGUUUUGGCUGUCAAAGAGAGCGAACGUUCUUGCACUAUCAAGGUCAUAACUUACAGAUCAACAGAAAUGACGGUGGACCAUGUGAGUCCCGGGUUUGUGCUUUCUGGUAUGGUGAGGUCCUGCUCAGCUGAGACUGCAGAUAUUAGUUUCCAGCAUAUUGAUCUGGCUUCUGUGACAAGUGAAGACAUCCAAACAUUGGCUCAUGUAAUUAAAACUAACCAACAACAAGAUGUAAGGAUCAGCAAAGGGCAGGCAUCAACAACAAGAAUAGUACAAACUCCAGUAAAAGACAGUGACUUAUGUGAAGAGCCAAUAACAGCCAGCCUGCUAAGAGACUUUGUCCUACAGACUACUGAUCCAUAUCGAAUAGCCAAUCUGUGUCCAGUCUCUACUUUUAAUGCUGAUAGAAGUCCUGUCCCAGAAGGUUCAGUUGAAAUUCGACUCACUAAUGUGUGUGUGCAUACCUCUGACUAUUUCCCAGUCAGCACUUCCCAUUUUAAAUUUGGCAGGACAUUCUACUGGAACAAGCACGUAACACAGAAUCAUGACCUCCUGGCUUUGGAUUUUAGUGGUGUCAUCUCUGCCGUUGGUAAAAAUGUCAAAACUCUAAAUGUAGGAGACCAAAUUGUUUCAUGUUAUCCAGUUCCUGCUGCUUCAAAGAUCUUGAUUCCUGAAACAGUGUGCUACAGCACGAAGGUACUUCCCGUUUUCCGAAAGAUGCCAUGUGUGUCCUACUUCAUCCUUGCAUGGGAGAUCUUGCAGAGGCUGUUGUGUGAAGUUAGAAGAAGGCACAAAAAGUUGGCAAUCAUCUCCUCAGACUCAGCCGCUGUUCUCAUACAGGUUCUUGCCCUCACAGCAAACAGGUCAGGCUGGGACAUUUCCUGUCAAGCUCAUUUCUCUAAGGAACUGGCACAUUUUGACGCUUUGCUUUUCCUGCCUCCAUUUAAUCAGUCGUUUGAGGGAAUGUUCAGCAAUGGUGACCCUGUGAAGCAUGUAAUUUUUGUUUUUAGCAGUCACAAGUCACCUUUAGUUUCCACAAGCAACGUUACAUUGGAGGAUAAAAACAUUCAUGUGCACCACCUUGAUGUGGCUUAUGUUCUCCAGAAAGCCCAUCUAGAAGCACAAAACAGAAAUAUCUCCAACUGGCUUCUGUCGCUAGGCCUUGAUGCACAUUCUCUGCAUUAUAGAGAGGAAAACGAGGCUGAAACUGAGUCAUCCUUCACAACAACAACAGUGCAGCAAGUUGUUCUUAACAAUGAUUGGUUCAUACGUGCUCAUAACUCUUUGCCUACAAAGGCUGCACAACGUUUUAAAAAGAGAUGUGUUUAUAUUGUAACUGGAGGUCUUUCUGGUUUGGGGCUUGAGACGGUUAAGUUCAUUGCACACAAUGGUGGAGGCUGCAUUGCAAUACUGUCAAGAAGUGUUCCUUCUGAUGAAAUCCGUUUUCAGUUGGACCUCCUCCAGAAAGCAAAUGAGGUUACUGUACUAAACAUCCAGUGUGAUGUUUCUGUGUCGAUGCAGGUGUUGGAAGCCAUCACCAAAAUUGUGAGAAGAUUUCCAUCUUGUCCAAUUAAAGGAGUGUUUCAUAGUGCCGCAGUGCUGCAUGAUGCGCUCAUUGAAUGCCUUGAUGAGUCUCUUUUCAGAAAGGUGUUCAAACCCAAAGUCAAUGGCACUCUGAAUCUCCACUUUGCCACAUUUCACAACAAAUUAGACUUCUUUGUUUGCUACUCCUCCAUCUCAUCAUUCAUAGGAAAUGCCUCACAGUGUAACUACGCAGCAGCCAAUUCUUUUCUGGACACAUUCUGUCAUUAUCGGAGAAACCUUGGGCUUGCUGGACAGUCCAUCAACUGGGGUCCUUUGAACCUUGGUCUGCUGCUCAACAAAGACCACUUUCAAAAGUUCUUGGAGGCCAAGGGCCUGAUGACGAUGGGUGUGCAUGAAGUUCACAAGACACUUAAAAAGUGUCUUUUAAUAAACAGACCACAGCAAGUAAUUUGCAAAUUCAACUUCAAGAACCUCAGCUUUCAUGUCCUUUCACAAAAUCCCUCUCUGAGGGAGCGAAUGGCAGCUUUAGUGGAAACAGCACUUAAAGAUGAAAUACAUGAAAAACCCAAAAUUCAGCAUUCAUUUACAACUCAUGAGACAGUGAGGACAAUAGUCAGUGAAAUGCUCAAUGUAAAUGUAGGCAAAGUUGAUGAAGACUCCUGUCUGUCAGCAAUGGGCAUUGACUCAAUGUUAGCCAUGACUCUGCAGAACAAAAUCUACCAGGAGACAGAAAUAAAUGUGCCUUUGGUUACAAUUCUGGACCCCAACACCACACUUGCCACUUUGAUCAAUUUUGUUGAUUGUUUAAAACAGAAGAGUAGAUUUCAGUAA